CGCGUUCAUAUGAUGGGUGCGGAGUGCGUGUGUUAUGUGUCAGUGAGAAAGAAUUUGUAAUUUUCUUUGUUUAUUUUAUAAUUUUCAGUAAUUUCUUGCCUUUGUUUUCAUUUAAUAAGCAAACGAAUGUUGUGUGCGUUUUAAUUAAUUGUUGAAUAUGGGUACAAGCACCAUGGGUAGUGAUUUGCAUUCAGACAAGCAAGACAAACUUUUGAAGCUUCAAGCUCGGAAAAAGGAAUUGGAGCAAAUGCUCGCUGCCAAAAAUGAAGAGCUAUAUAAGUUAUGUGUGCAAGAAGUUCAUCUAACUGGUAUUGUGCCUCCGGAAGCUCCAUUGAGCCCCGAAGUCCCGCAGAGGGAGAGAUUAGGCAGCGUAAAAAGUACUGAAAGGUCUACUGAUGGUAACGAUGUUCAAGAUGGAUCAGACAACUCAUCUAGGCGUCUUAGAUUCGGUACAGAACGUCUACUCGACGCUGAUCAGAUUUCUCGUAAAAAUCUUUCUCAUAGGUUGUCAACCCCGUCCAUAUCAGGUAUGUCAACGAAAAGUGGUCAUACUCGACAUAUUCGUCGACCUGAGACAAGCUGUUCCAAUUUCUUCCCUUCUCCACCUCAAGAAAGGAAUCCAGAAACCUUCUCGAUUCACACUUCCCACACAUAUCCCGCACUAGCUGGUCGUCAAGAGCCAAUUUUAGAAAAUAUGCACCAUGAUCAUCAAGCACCCAUGUAUAGGCACCACACACUCACUACUGAGUAUAUGAAUAAAAUCUAUUAUACUAACACCCCUGAGGCUCACAAUGUGUCUAGAAUGAGAGAGACCCACUUCAGCUCCAGCCAUCCAGAUAUCACUACUCAUUAUACGCAUGGAAGCAUUGCACCACAUCCCAUUCAGAAUGGUGUCCGUAACACCCCAUUAUUAUAUCAGUAUGCUUCACAUUUGAAAGCUCAGAGUCAACAUUUAGGAGCAUUGCAUCACCAUCAAAUACAAAGCCAGCCUAAACGGCGGCCAGAAGGAGUCCGCCGAAAUACGUUGCAGAGAACUCAAACAUAUCACCUUACAUCUCAUAGUGAUUACAACCAACAUUUAGAGAAUAUGGAUAACUAUCGUCAUAGAUCCCAGCCUGAUAUUCAAGAGCACAGUGAAAGAAUGCAACCUCCUAUUGAUAGAGUGGCUGUAGUGCCAAACUCCUUGCCUUUUCGUGAGCGGAACACUACUAGACAGCCUAUGCAUAUGCAACUGCAAGUUUCUACAGAUGAUUACGGUCGAGAAGAUCGCCGGACAUAUCCUGAUGCUAUGAGCCCAGUCAGUCAAAUAUCUGGUUACUCGGUGUCUAAUUUUGAUUCUGUCAGCAUGAACAAAUUCUCACCAUUAUCGCAAAAUGAUAUGAAGCUAAAAGAGAAGCAAUGGUAUGAGACAUCUCUUGAUUCGCCAACAAAACCUGAAGUGCCUUUGCUUAAAAAGAGUAAUAGUUUAAAACGGACAUCAAGUAUAGGUAAUUCACAAGCUUAUGAAGUUAUGAUCUCAUCAGGUCGUCAUUCUGCCAUGCAGAGCCCUAGCCAAGUGCCUCAUAGCCCUCCGGUGCUGUCCCCUAGUGCUGUGUCAUUAGAGUCGCCUAAGAAUUUAACAGUUAUUGAGCAAGGCAAGUGUAUACCGUACAGAGAAGAGACUAAGCCUUUUGAAAUGUCAGAUUUUUAUAAAUAUUCUACAAAAUUUAGGCAAAACACUGGCCCAAAACCGGCUGCCAAUUCUGUGACGAAUAUAACUGUUAAUUCUAUGUACAAUAAACUACCCAUGGAUUUGCCUCAGUACCAACAGGAACACUGGCACCCCCAUGGCAAUUGAGUUAUACCUUUUACCUGCAAUGCAAUUUGUUAUUAAAAGUAUAUAUGUUACUGUAAAAGCCCAUAUACAGGUAAAUCUUAGGCUUUUUCAGAAAAUCUUAGGAUUUACCGGCAUGGGUUGGUCAAUGUAAGGAUUUAUAAAUAAUUGACGAUUUUUCGGGCUUUUGCCAUUAGAAUUUAGUAUAUGCUAGGUUUUGCUACUGUCGGCUGGUAAAUGUUGGUUUUGAGAAUAAAUUAAUGAGUAAUUAUUAUUAAUCAUUUAUUUUUCAGUCAAAACCUUGGUAUUAUAAUUAUGAGAGUAAUUAAUUACCUAAGUAAUUAGUCAAAUCGUUACCUAUUUUCAAUUAUUUUCAUUUGGUAAGUAUUGUUAUUUACAAAUGUUUUUAUAUUUUAAAGGUAAGGUUAUACCUUCCUUUAAAAUACUUCUUAAAUAGUAAAAAAUAACAAAAUUAUAAUUAUUUUCUUUUAACAUUUACCAUGCCUUUGAUGUAAAUCUUAAGAUUUACCAAGUGAAUGGUGGUAAAAGUUAGAAUCACAUUAUUGUUCGGACAUUUACCAUUAAGAGUUGGUAAAUCUUAGGUUUUACUGGAAUAUCUAAGGAUUUACCUUAGUUUGUGCUUUUACAGUAACCUAUACAUAUAAUAUCUUAGAUUUUUUCUAUAUCACUCAAGGAAUUGGUAAUUGUUCAAUUGAUAUAAUGUUAUGUACUUUUACCCAGGCUGUAUAUUUUACCUUAUUUUAUUGUACAUAAGUAAUGUUUUAGAAAUAGUAAAUAAUUACUAUAUUAAAUCAACAAAUUGUUUCAUCUCUCUUUGGAUUCUUUAAACUUAUGCUUGCUGUUAUUUCCUACGGGCUUGUCAUCUCUUAAUGCAAUCUACUUUGCGACCUAAACUGAUCAGCAUCAUAAAUUUGUACCAUCUAAUUAAUUUUUAGUAUGAAUGUGAUUCAGUUUAGGUUCCUAAGUUGAACUGAGUUGCAUUGGUAUCGUUUCGUAAAAGUUGAUAAUAUGCCAACUGAUGAAAUAUUGCCAUUUUAAUAAAAUCCUCAAAAUAUCUGUGAUUCCAUAUUGGUAUCAAGUAUACCAAUAGUUCAGCCAUUUUUUAAUUUCAUUUCUUACCUGCUUUUAUGUGUUAUUGCAAUUAGUUAUAAUCACCUUUUUAAUUUAUAAUGAAAUGAGCAGAUAUUUCACACAUUUUCAUUAAUUAUAAUGAUUUAAGUAUUAAUUAUUAUAGUCGGUAAUAAAAUCUAAAAAAAAAACAUAGCCAUAUUAAAUAAUGAGUUAUAAAUAAUGAGCCUUAUUAAAAUACCUUAGCUUUAGAUCUGUGAUAGUGUGUGAAUUAUAUUAGCAUCAUAGCAUGACAAUAAUUUGGAUUAGUAAAAUGUUAAUUAGAUUAUUAAAUUAUUGCUUUUAUAAAUAAAGUAUAAAUGGAAUGUCAAUGGUGUCUCUCCUGUCCACCUCACAUCAACAAAAAUCAUUAAUUGCCCUAGAAAAAAAAUCAUUAAAAAUCUCAUUUGGACACUUUUAGUAUGUAGCAUUUAUGCAAAUUAUAUUACCAAUUUUUGUAUCCGCUGGGGUGUAUUUCUUCUAUAGUAUCUUGUGGUGAUAGUACAUUUAUCAUGGAUGUUUUUAAAGAAUUCGAACAAGAGAUUUAUAUGAGAGACACCAUUUUCAGUUUCAAAUUGAAAUUGAGAAUCAUGUCAAAUAUGUUUGUCACAAUGUCCUCUGCCAGUACAGCAAACCACACGUCUUACGCAUACACGUUUCGAUUUUCAUAUAAUUUAAAUUCAUCAAUAAUUAAUGGAAUAAAAUAUUUUGUUGGUUGCAAUAAUUAAUCAUUUUUUAUUUUUUAACCUUUGCUUUAGCAGUGGGACACGUCAUCAAAGGUUUAAAAAAUUGUUCCACCCAACGUGACAUUUGAUACGUAGACUUGUGGUCGACUGUACCGACAACAUCCGCCCACCGCUAAUGUUUAUAUGAUAAUAUUAUUACCAUACAUUUAUUGUACAUAUUGAUUUAAAAUUGCUUUAUAUCUCGAUUUCGUCAUAGGACAAACUUGUUUUAGUAAAACUAAAACACCUCUUUUUAUUAAAGUGUUCAAUUUUAUAAAUACUAGCUGGCAUGCAUUUAUUUAUUUUUUAAUUUUGUAAUUACUCUUUGUGGUAAAGGAGGGCAAAAGAGAUUGGGUAAAUUUGGCCUAAUUUUGAAUUUUCACGAGCAAAUCAAGGGUAUAUAUAUCAUGUUUUAAUCAUAGACCUCAUAAUGCUGAACUUUAUUGGAACUGGGGUAUGGCAUUUUGUUUUAUAUUCUCACAACCAAAGACUAGAAGUCAAUGGCAUAAUAUUAAUUUUAUAUCAAACCGUCGCUAUGAUAUCGACAUCGUCUCUUACUGCCACCCAGCCAAGAUCCACGUGGUCGAUAAAUGUAAUUAUUUUUUUCGAAUACUAGAUAUGUCUACUAAGGCUUAUCGGUACAAUGUAGAAUGUACAUUACGCUACUGACUUCAAAGUUCCUUCUUAGUUGCGAAAAAUAAAACGACAAAUAUAUCAGCUCCGAUAUAGUUUAAUUAUAUGUGAUCCAUAAUAAAUGUUCCCCUUGAUAUAUACUUUUCAAAAAAGAUUAUUGGUAAAAAUUCAAGAUGACGACAACCCAUACAAAAUUACACCCAAUCUCCUUUCUUUAAAACCUAUUUGAAGAAGCCUAGGGUCUAGAUUUUGGCCGAAAUAAUAAAAUUAUUAUAGGUAUGUAACAUGAUACAAUAAUGAAUACCUACUAUCUUUUCUAAUUUUUUUCGUGUACAUAUUUUUCUAAAUUAAUCGGACCUUUUUAAAAUGACAAGGUAACUAAGUUUAAUUGGGUAUUUAUUCAUGAAUAUUUGUACCGUUAAUUACGAUAUGUCAACAAAAUCAUCUUGUUAAAUGUGUCAAAACUGAAAAUAUAAACUAAUCACAUUAUUAUUAUUUAGGUUAAUAUGUUUGAUAUUUAUUUGUAUUGUAAAUCGACAUUCAUGCUACUUUUACUGCCGACUUUGCAACGUGUGUACGUGCGAGUUUUACUUAUGCAAUUUUAACGCAUGCGUUUUUGGAAACAGCCAAAAUUCCAUACAAGAAAAGCACAGAAGUUGCGCUGACGGCUUAUUAGGUAUUAUUUAUAUAAUAAAAUUUAUAUUUUGUCAAAAUUUAUAUUUUGACCCUACGCUGUAUGGUCUGUGGCCCCUAUGUAUACAUUAAAGACUUGUAAAUAACUUGCCAAACCUUGAUAUAACAUUUGCCUUGACAUGUGCAUUAACGAAUACUUAGAUAGUUAAUUCUUUAAUUCAACUUUAAGGUACAAAUAUUGGCUUAUUAAAUUAAUGUGUUAUGUAGCAAUGAAAUUGCAUAUGCAUAAUGAUGCUGCAAACAAAAAAUUGAAUAUUUUUAUAUGUUGUUUAUAAGUAUUUUACGUGCUGAUUGCACUGGUUAUGUGAAUAAAGUUUUUGGGUAAUUCA